GCGAAUCCAUACAAACGAGCAACGGCCACUCCUAUUAUGAAUGGUGUCAACUUUCCUGAUCCAGCAAUUAUCAAGACACCCACAGGCUGGCACCUGUUCUCCACAAACGCCAAGGUUGACGGCAAGAUGAUUCACAUCCAAAGAGCAGUAACCACCGACUGGAAGAAGUUCAUCUUCAGAAAAGGCGUCGACGCUCUCCCUAACCUUCCCGCCUGGGUCGAUGGAGUUCCCCGCGUGUGGGCACCAGACGUGGUCCAAGUCCACGAUGGCUCUUAUUUGCUCUACUAUACAGCAGCGUACAAGAAGAUGCCUCACCUCCAUUGCCUUUCCUACGCCACCGCAAAGAAGAUUACUGACCCUUUCGUCGACAACUCUAAAGAGCCUUGGAUUUGUCCCACUAAGCAGGGCGGUGCAAUCGACAUCGCGGGCUUCACGGACGAAUAUAACGGAGGGAAACGUUGGGUCGUGUACAAAAUCGACGGCAACGCCAUUGGCCACGGAGGUGCUUGCGGUAACACUGUAAAACCCAUCGUUCCAACCCCAAUUCUUCUCCAGCAAGUCGGUCAGGAUGGCCACACCCUUAUCGGUUCUCCGAAACAGAUUCUGACGAACAUUGCAUCUGACGGGCCUUAUGUCGAAGCUCCAGUCUUGACUUUCAUGAAUGGGAAAUAUGUCCUGUUCUUCUCGUCACAAUGUUACCAGACCGAUGGCUACGAUGUUCAAUACGCCAUUGCAGAUAAGAUUACUGGACCAUAUAUCCGCAGAGGCCGACUUUUUGGAACAGGCACGAUGGGUAUGAAAGCUCCUGGUGGCCUGGACAUAGCUAUCAACGGAAAUAAGGCUGUGUGGCAUGGGUAC